AUGAUGUAUACAUCGAUAUUAUUAAUUUUCAUCGCUUUUACUAAAAUAGUUCAAGCAAAUGAGAUACAAAUAAAUUCUCAAUUCAAUAGUUUAUCAUUACCGAAAGAAUUAAUUUCGAAUACUAUUUUGGCUGCUCAUCUUCAAUCGAUUCUAAUGAUCAUGGCUAGUGAACGAGAUUUUUCAUUGAAUAGUUUAACGAAUUCAACAUUAAAUUAUAUUCAACAUCCUCAAUCAUAUCGUAUGACAUUAUUACAAGUUAGUUCGAAUAUGCAUAAACUAUUUUCAAGUACAUAUUCAACAAUGUUUCGUAUUCAACUUGCUGCUGAACGUAUACCAAAUUAUAUUAAAACAAUAUUGAAAUUAAUUACUACAGGAUCAUCAGUAAUGGUUAGUAGAAUGUUACCUAUUUCAUUUAAUAAUAUAGCUCGGAUUUCAAAUGAAAAUGAAAUAGUGAUUAAUAAAGAUAUAGAUCAAUUUACUAAUCUUCUUUAUUUGUUAAAUGAAAUACAACAAUUACCAAUUAAUUUAACAUCGGAAAUUAAUGAUAGAACAGAUUUAAUACUUUCGAAUAAAUUUGAUUUGAAAAAUGCGUUUGAAAAAAUGGAAAUAAUGAUUCAACAAAUAAAAAAACAAUUCGAACAAAUUGCUCAAUUAAUUAUUAAUCUUGAUAUAAAAACAAAAUUUAAUUUAACUCCGGACAAUGAAUUUUCUUGUUUAAUUCCAAUAUUGUAUACAUUAGAAAAUAAUGCUUAUUUUCUCUAUCAAACAUCGAAAAUCUAUACAGAUCUAUUAAGUCGAUAUGUACUUGAUAAAACUGCUGGUGUGUCAAAAUAUAUAAUAUUAUCAACAGAUGAAGAACGUUUUGCAAUUCGUUCAAAUUUAUCACAACAAUUAACAGAUACGAUGCAAAACGUUCAACAAGUAUUUAUUGAACGUCAAAAUGAAUUUGAUAGUAAUUGUGUAAUGUUACAACAAGCAUAUGAGAAACUUUUGGACAAAAAUCAACAUCAGAAUUGUUAG